AUACAGAGGAGGUCUUCCCCUAGCAACGAUGAAGCGCGUAUGGACCAAGCGUCCGGUUACCAGGUGAGGGUUGGUUGGAUCGAUGAGAUAAGAAGCCAUAAUUGAGGUGUGGAGGGAACAUCACAUCACCUAGGAAGAUGCCGAGUCCAGACUCAGACAGGAAAGUCGAUAACACAGACGAUGAUGACGACGACGACGAUCAAGAUAUCAUGAGUGAAGAGGACGAAGAAGAGCUCCUGAAAAGGGAAAUCGAGCAAGAAAAACGCAACAGAUAUACUCUGUCCUGGUCCGUGUCGGAGCUCGAAAAAUCCAUAGCAGAUCUCAACAGACGCUUGAUCGACUUGGAAGCAGGAUCUGCGUCUGAAGGUGAUAAUGAAUGGAAAAUUCGUUGCGAGACUCAAAGUCAACUGAACAAACAACUGGAGGGACAACGAUCAUGGCUCACUCAGGAACUGGCCAGGCAAAAGGCCAUCCUUUCUGAUGGUAUCGUGUUGGAUGCCAAGAACCUGGACAUGGAAAGAUUUACUGAGCAUGAACUUGCAAGAUUGGAGGUCCAACUGGAGAGGCAGAGGAAUAAUUUGCACAGCCAGUUGAGGGAUGCAGAAUGGCAGCUGGAUCGUCGCAGCCAGGAAUUUUACCACAUGGAUGAAAUCCGCAGAGCCUACAGGGCAGAGCUGUUGCAAGCCAACUGGGCAAUCCAGAGACAAAAACUUCACCGACAGGGCAGUAGAGCUUCUUCAGUUGCUUCUCUGCAUAUGCCAUCUGAAGGAGUGGGGAGACAUGCAAGCACAAGCAGUACACCUAUUCGGAAGACAACUGCUUCAGUAAGAAUCCUUCCAAGAUUGCAACAAAAGCAGAUAUCAACUCAGAUACCUGAAGAGCCUGGCGAGAGUAAGGUCCCAUGAGAACAAAAAAAAUCUUGAUGAAAACUGCUGGCAAAAUCUCAGUUCUUGUUGUGCUGUG